AGUGGGGCACGGGCUCCCCAUUUUUCCAAGCGCCUUCCCAGCCCUGUAUCACCUGGAGGCACCUUGCUGUUGGGACUCUAGCGGACCACGCUGGCCGCUGUCCCCGUGGGACUUGGAGCGCAAAGUCUGCCGCUGAGGCAGGACAGCUGGCCCAGCUCCCUGUGGCACGGACCUCCAGACCCUCACCUCUCAGGAGCACAGGGGCUGCGGGGUGGUCCUCAAAAUCCACCCCACUCCCCAGGGCUCCUCUGCAGCGGCCAGAUAGAGAUGCGGAAUGAAUGAACUUCUGCUUUCUGGAGGAGGCAAGUGGGGAGACUGGAAACUAACUCUGCCAGAAACUGCUGUUACGUGGGGGAUUUUUUCCCUCCCCUUCACCUGCACCACGGACCCACAUCUUCCUUGGGCACUGAGACAUGGGCUCCCCUUGCUCAACUAAGAAACAACUGGAAACAGCCUCCCGGAGACAAGAGGGUGAACCCCCAGCUGCUGGUCUGGAUGCCUCCAGGAUGCCCGCACCUUCAAAAUACCGGGGCCUGCAGCCCGGGCACCUCCGCUUCGGCUCCUGCAGCCCCCUGAGCCAGCUCCUGCCCGGCCCCCCGGAGCCGCGGACGGUCAAGGGCCUUUACUACCGCAGGGCCUUCCCGCUGAGCCGCCUGGGCAGGCUCCGCCUGUGCCGCAGCGGCGAGGAGAUCGCGCAGCUCUGCGACGACUACGAUGCCGACCGCCAGGAAUUCUUCUUCGACCGCAGCCCCAGCGCCUUCGGGGUGAUCGUGAGCUUCCUGGCGGCCGGGAAGCUGGUGCUGCUUCGGGAGAUGUGCGCGCUGUCUUUCCGCGAGGAGCUGGCCUACUGGGGCAUCGAGGAGGCGCAGCUGGAUCGCGCUGCAUGCACCGGCUGCGCCAGAUGGUGGACGACCCGCAGUGAGUGUGGGGUGCGCACCGCGAUCCCCCCAGGGCUCCAUGCAAAGCGCUGCAUGCACCGGCUGCGCCAGAUGGUGGACGACCCGCAGUCGGGGCUGCCCGGGAAGGUCUUCGCCUGUCUGUCCAUCCUCUUCGUGGCCACCACGGCUGUCAGUCUGUGCGUGAGCACCAUGCCUGACCUCCGGGCCGAGGAGGACAAGGGUGAAUGCUCUCAGAAAUGCUACUACAUCUUCGUGGUGGAGACCAUCUGCGUGGCCUGGUUCUCCCUGGAGUUCUGCCUGCAGUUCGUGCAGGCCCGGAACAAGUGCCGCUUCUUCCAAGGACCCCUCAACAUCAUCGACAUCCUGGCCAUUUCCCCGUAUUAUGUGUCGCUGGCGGUAUCUGAGGAGCCCCCAGACAACAGCGAGAGGCCGAGCGGCAGCUCCUACCUGGAGAAGGUGGGGCUGGUGCUGCGUGUGCUGCGGGCGCUGCGCAUCCUCUACGUCAUGCGCCUGGCCCGACACUCGCUGGGGCUGCAGACGCUGGGGCUCACGGUGCGGCGCUGCGCCCGUGAGUUCGGCCUGCUGCUGCUCUUCCUGGCCGUGGCUGUCACCCUCUUCUCCCCGUUGGUCUACCUGGCUGAGAAUGAGUCUGGGCGGGUCCUGGAGUUCACCAGCAUCCCUGCCUCCUAUUGGUGGGCCAUCAUCUCCAUGACGACGGUGGGCUAUGGGGACAUGGUGCCCCGCAGCGUGCCGGGCCAGGUGGUGGCGCUGAGCAGCAUCCUCAGCGGGAUCCUCAUCAUGGCCUUCCCGGCCACCUCCAUCUUCCACACCUUCUCCCACUCCUACCUGGAGCUCAAGAGGGAGCAGGAGCGCCCCCGGCCCCGCCUCCGCCGCCUGCAGAGCACCCAUGCAGCCAGCGCCAGCGAGCGAGAGCUCCUGGCCGACGUGGACGACCCCGUCCCCGGGGAGGACCCUGCCCUGCGCAUCCCCUAAAUGUAGCUCAGAGGCCUGGUGUGCGUGCAUGAGUGCAGCACGCGGUUCCAAUCUGUCGCCCCUUGCCGGAAGCAAGCUCCUCUCUGCAGACCUCCAGAGUUCUCCCAAUGCAGCCACUGCAAGGCCAAAGGUGCCAUCUGUGUGACCUUGGGUCCUCCUGGCCUUGAAGUCCUGUGACCUUGUCCGGACCUCUUGCCGUGUCCUGGCUCCCUGCUGUGUGCUCAGCACAACCCACCUAGCUGGGCAGGCUCAGUCCCCUGUCUCUGAUUUUUCCUCCUUGCAGAGGCUGUGAUGUCUCAUACUGGGUUCCCUGUGCCCACAGAACUGGUCCCCUGGACAGUCAGGAUGUCACCUGCAGAAUCCCAUUCUUCCCCUCUGACCCGCUUUCCUGGCUCCAUGCGAGGAGUGUGCUCUGCACUCACCACCCCCAGUGCUAUUUCCUAACAAGUCUGCCAUCUGUAAGCUCAGGGUGCAGUAAAUCAAGAAGGCGGAAGUGGCCUCUUUCCAGUUCCUGCCAAGUCAAGCCUGCCACCUCCUGCCCCCCGUGACACACAACAUACCCGAGGUGCCACUGGCCGGUACUCUUCGAGGGCAGCUGUACUCUUGGUGGGUUGCUCUCCAGCUCCCCAACUCUGGUAGGGCUCUGCAUUGCCCUUGCAGGGACUCAGUGAGAUGAGAUCUCACUAAGUUGCCCAAACUGGGGGCUCAAACUUGCAAUUCUCCUGCCUCAGCCGCCCCCCG